GAGACGAAAUAAUGGACACGUACGAAGAGAAGGGCGAGCAAACCGAACCGACGAGAGAUAUUGUUAACAAUGGAUCGAGUAUAAUCAAUGUACGACACGAACAAGCCACGCAUCACCUCGGAGAUGAAUUAUUGGGUUCCCUCGUCGUCACAUACGAUGGACUUUCUCAUAACAGUAUCGAAAGUAUUUGCGCGAAGGACAAGGAGAUCUUCGAAAUAAUUCAGAAGGAGUUAAUAAUGGAGAAAAAACGCUGCGAGGAACUCCAGAUGAAACUGAACAAUCUGACUUGCAGUUUGGAUUGUUUGAAGGAGGACAGUGAACAAAGAGCGGCUUGUUUGAAAGGUGCAUUAGAGACAGCGGAAGAGCAAAAAAAUGUUGCGAUGGACUUGGUGAAACGAACGAAAGAUCAGACAGAUAUAAUAAAAGAGGAUAGGGAGCAGUUAUUGAGCGAAAUCGCGAGAUUGCAACGGCAAAUAAGCGAGAUCGAAGAUUUGAAUAAAAAUUUGUUGAAAGAACGCGACGAUUUAACGAACAGAUUGCAGUCUCUGUCGGAAGACGAAUCGAAAAGGUGCGAAGAGCUUGAGAGAGAAAUAAAUAAGAUGAAGAGUGCUGUAAAGGAGAAGGAAGAUGCUUUGAGUAAGGAGAAAACGGAGUUGAGAGAAAUGAUUUUAGAACUCUCGAACGUGAUUAACAUACAAAAGAGAAGGCUAUGCGAAGUGACUUGUAUUUGUAAUACUCAGCAACAGGACAUUCAUAAGAAGGAAAAAGAAUUAUUGAAGAAGAAUAAAGAGUUACGGCAAAAGGAUGAGAAAUUACAUGAAAAGAAUGUUCAAUUAGAAGAGGCGAGAGAAGCGUUACAAACGAAUGACGCUAAUAAAGAAGAAAUGGAAGGAAAGAUAGAGGACUUGGCGAAGUGUUUGUGCGAAGAACUGAAGACUUGCGAUUGUCUCAAACGAGAAUUGGAUACUGUUAAGGAACAGUAUUCAUCCGAAUUGAGGAUAAAGGAGAAGAUUAUCGAGGAUCAGACUAGAACAAUUACGAAGCAAAAAAAGUUAUUGCUUGAUAGUCAAGAUAUGAUACAGGAAGUUGCUUCUGAAUUUGAUCAAAUGAAAGAGGAAUUGCACAUAGAGAGAGAAAGGAAUGUAUCUUUGCAAGUAACGUUAGGCGCAGCUGAUGAUAAAUUAAGUCGAGUGUAUUCGUCACCGUGUGAACAAUGUAAAGCUCUUAUGAAUGAAAUAGAAUAUUUGAGAAAGGAGAAACAAAGAGCCGUUGCAAUUGCCAAAUUCACUUAUCAGAAAUUGCAACAGUGCAUGAAAGAAUAUCAAAAGAAACUUGUCUGUCAGAGGAAACAAUACAGAUACAUGGCUUUGAUUGUGGAGAGAAAAGAUCAUGAGAUAGGAUGUUUAAGAAAUCAGUUAUGUCAGAACGGUUAUGUAGUGUGAUUGACAUAAAUUUAGUAAUUGUCAUUGUUUGCGUUAACGAAAUGUUGCAUUGAAAGUUGAUGAAUAUGUACAUGACUUCUCAAUCGAAUUACGUGUGAAUAAACAUCGGACAGUAUUUACGUAUAUCAUGUAUACAUAUAUAUUUUACUCUUAACAGCUUACAAAUAAAUCAUAAAUAGAGAUUUA